AUAUAACAGUUGUGAUAAGAAAAAAAAGACUUUGAAUAUUAAAAAGAAAAAGAAACUAUCGUUUAUUGUUGUUGAGAAACCAAACGAUGAAAAUCUUAUUAACGAUGAUGUGACAAAAAAGAUGCCUUCACAUUGUAUAGAUCAUGGUCCAAAUGGUCUCUUCAAUUUCUAUAAUGAUGAAAUCGUUUAUGUUAACAAAAUGAUCGAAAAUCUUUUGAAAACAUCGGAAGCUAGCUCGUUAAUCGUUUGUGGUGAUGCGGGUGUGGGCAAAACAAAAUUGAUUGAAACUUGUCUCGCAUCGUUUCCGCUAUUAACAUCAUCAUCGAAUCGUAUGAACAAUACGGACAAUUUCAGUGCCAAUAAUUUUAAUCAUCUAAAAGUUGCCUUAUUCAAAUUCGAUGGCGCCAUCCACGGCAAAGAUGAUUUAGUAACAAUACGUUCGAUCGGACGACGUUUUUUGACUGAAAAUUAUCAAAAUUUUCGUUCGAUUAUUGUAUUGGAUAAUUUUGAUGUGUUCUGUCGAAAACAACAGACUCUUCUUUACAAUCUAUUGGAUUUAACUCAACAUGGCCAAUCGAUUUUGGUCAUCGGCAUUACUCGACGACUUGAUUAUCUUGAACUUUUAGAAAAACGGGUCAGAUCACGACUAACACAACGUGUCGUUCAUCUAGUAUCACCAUUCAAACAUUACGAUUUAUACAAAACUUGUUGCAUGUCUAGGAUAGAGCAGCUAUGCCAAGAGAAUCCAGCAUUGAAAACGAAUUUCAUUGCCAAUAAUUCAUCAAUAGAGAUCGAACUGACUAGAUCGUUUGCAAUCAAUCCCAAUUUUGAUGAAAUCAAUCGUAUUAUCUUUGAAUAUUCAUUUUUUUACGGACCCGAUGACAAUGAUAACAGUAAUUCCGAAAUCGACGAAGAAAAUAGCAAAAAUAUAAAACUAGCUGAUCCACAAAUCAUAGCUAUAUUACGAUUAAAAAAGAAUGAUCUCAUAUUGUUGAUAAUUCUUUUACGUCAAUUACGAAACGAAGAUGUUAAAAUAUUCACUUGUGCAGAUCUAUUCAAUUGGAGCAUUGGUUAUUCGUUAUUGCGCAAAACACGAAUGGGAAUGAUUAUAAAAUCUACGAACAAUCUAAUUGGUGCCGAUAUGAUCAUUCGUGAAUCGGAUUGUUAUUUUCGACGAAAAACAUCUAAGAAAAAUGACAUUGCCUGCAUUAAUAAAUGGACCAAAUUGGUGCCAAAUGUUUCCGAACAACAUUUAGAUCAAUUUAUCAAAGACUUUGACCAUAUUUUACCACAAGCAAUCAAACGGCUUUGGUGAUUGAAAUGAUUUGUUUUUUAAUCUAAAAAAAAUUGAAAUAAGAAAAAUCCACUGUUUUUAUUCAUUUCAAAAA